AGGGGGCGCGCACGUGGGGCCGCGGCCUGGAGCCGGGAGCAGCGGGGGCCGGGGGUGGGCUCGGCGUCUCGCGUGUGGGCGGGCGCGGAAGCCUCGUCCCUCUGGGUUUGGAGCGGGGGAGAAGUGAGCGUGGGUGUUCGUGGCGGAGCGAGUCCCGCCGCAGCGUCGCCGCCGGCGCGUGUGGGAGCCCGUCCGAUGGUCCCUCCGCGGGCGAGUGGGACGGUCGGACGCCGGCAGCAUGAACCUCCUGCCCAAAAGCGCCAAGGACUUCGGCUCCGUUGACUACUGGGAGAAGUUCUUCCAGCAGCGAGGGAAGAAGGCUUUCGAGUGGUAUGGAAGCUACCUGGAGCUGUGCGGGGUGCUGCACAAGUACAUCAAGCCCCGGGAGAAGGUACUGGUGAUUGGGUGCGGUAACUCAGAGCUCAGUGAGCAGCUGUAUGAUGUGGGCUAUCAGGAUAUAGUGAACAUCGACAUCAGUGAGGUGGUCAUCAAGCAAAUGAAGGAGCGGAAUGCCAGCCGACGGCCCCAGAUGAGCUUCUUGAAGAUGGACAUGACACAGAUGGAGUUUCCUGAUGCUUCCUUCCAGGUGGUGUUGGAUAAGGGCACCCUGGACGCUGUCCUGACGGACGAGGAGGAGAAGACCCUGCAGCAAGUGGACAGGAUGCUGGCUGAGGUUGGCCGUGUCCUGCAGGUGGGCGGUCGCUACCUCUGCAUCUCCCUGGCUCAGGCUCACAUCCUGAAGAAAGCAGUGGGUCACUUCUCUCGGGAGGGGUGGAUGGUGAGGGUACACCAGGUGGCCAACAGCCAGGACCAGGUGCUGGAAGCAGAGCCUCGGUUCUCCCUACCUGUUUUUGCCUUCAUCAUGACCAAGUUCAGGCCAGUCCCUGGCUCUGCCCUUCAAAUCUUUGAGCUCUGUGCUCAGGAGCAGGGCAAGCCUGUGCGGCUGGAGAGUGCCGAGCAGCUGGCUGAGGCGGUGCGGGAGCGGCAGCAGUAUGCCUGGCUGUGCAGCCAGCUGUACCGCAAGGCCGGGCUGGGGAGUGUAUCUCUGGACUUGUGCGAUGGGGACACGGGGGAGCCACGCUACACCCUCCACGUGGUGGACAGCCCCACUGUGAAACCAUCGCGGGACAAUCAUUUUGCCAUUUUCAUCAUCCCCCAGGGUCGGGAGACCGAGUGGCUCUUUGGCAUGGAGGAGGGUCGGAAGCAGCUGGCGGCCACUGCAGGCUUCAGGAGGCUGAUCACAGUGGCCCUCCACCGAGGUCAGCAGUAUGAAGGCAUGGACAGCAUCCAGGCCGAGCUGUCAGCCAGAGUCAUGGAGUUGGCUCCUGCUGGGAUGCCCAGCCAGCAGCAGGUGCCCUUUCUGUCUGUGGGUGGGGACAUUGGGGUCCGGACUGUUCAGCACCAAAACUGCAGUCCCUUGAGUGGCAGCUACGUGGUCGAGGAUGUGCAGGGGGAUGACAAGCACUAUUUCCGGCGGCUGAUCUUCCUUAGCAACAGGAAUGUGGUGCAGUCAGAAGCAAGGUUGCUGAAGGAUGCGUCUCACAGAGCCCAGAAGAAACGGAAAAAGGACAGGAAAAAGCAGCGGCCUGCUAACACUCCCGAGGACCUCUCAGCUGCCCCAGGGCAGUCCAUUGACAAGAGUUACCUGUGCUGUGAACACCACAAAGCAAUGAUUGCCGGCCUUGCCCUGCUGAGAAACCCGGAGCUGCUCUUAGAGACCCCCCUGGCAAUGUUGGUGGUAGGCCUGGGUGGGGGCAGCCUCCCCCUUGUCCACGAUCAUUUCCCGAAGUCCUGCAUUGAUGCUGUGGAGAUCGACCCCUCCAUGUUGGACGUGGCCAAGUGGUUUGGCUUCUCCCAGAGCGAGCGGAUGAAGGUCCAUAUUGCAGGUGGCCUGGACUAUAUUACCAGCCUGGCGGGACGAGAAGCACAGUCCUGCUACAGUGUCAUCAUGUUUGAUGUAGACAGUAAGGACCUAACACUGGGCGUGAGUUGUCCACCACCAGCUUUUGUGGACCAGCCUUUCCUGCAGAAGGUCAAAAGCAUCUUGACUCCGGAAGGUAGGAUGUACAAAAGGUUAGGGAGGGAGGAGAGGUGAGUCCUUUCAAAAUUGUUUUCUUUUAAAUGAAAAAUGCACACGUCAUAAGUGUGUAGCUCGAUGAACUUUCCUGAAUUGAAAACACCCAUUGAACAGCAUCAAACACAGAACAUUUACAGCACGCCAGAAAGCCUACCUCUUAGCUCCUUCCAGUAACUCAUCUUCCUCUUAAGGAUAACUUCUAUCCAAAUUGUCAGUAUAGCU